AUGUCAGCUAACGAUUUUUAUUCAUCUGGUGAUCAAUCCAAUUAUGAUCCAAAAAGAUCCUCGAAUCAAGGAUCAUCAUCAUCAAAUGAUGAACAACAAGACAGAGGGUUAUUAUCUACUGUCGCCGGUGGUGUUGCUGGUGGUUAUGGUGGUCACAAAUUAGGUGAAAAGGCACAACAUGGUACUUUGGGUACUGUAUUAGGUGCCAUUGGGGGUGCCAUUGGUGCCAAUAAACUAGAAGAUGCUUAUGAAGACCGUAAAGAACAUAAAAAACACGAGCAACAAUAUGGUGGUAGUGGUAAACACGAAGGCGGAAGACAUGAAGGUGGUUUUGGUGGUGGUAGACCAGAUGAUCGUUAUGAAGGCGAUAGAAGAAAUGAUAAUUACGGUGGUGGUUACAAUGAUAGAAGAGAUGACGGUUAUGGUGGUGGUUACGGUGGUGGCAGACCAGACGAUAGAAGACACGAAGGUGGUUUCGGCGGUGGCAGACCAGAUGACCGUUUUGGUGGCGGUAGACCAGAUGACCGUUUUGGAGGUGACAGAAGAGAUGAUAGAAGAGAUGACCGUAGAUGGUAA